GUAUGUUCCAUUCCAUCCAACUCCAAUUAAACUUGUUGCAACUUGUGUUCUAGUGCUCCUACAAGUCACUUUAACAAAGAAGCUAGAAUCUUCAUUUGUUUCUUUCAACUUCCCCAAACUAAGGGUUACAAUUUGUUGUGCCUUUUUUUUUCUUUUCAUCUAGUUCUUUACACUUAACACUCACUAUAAGCCAAUAGGUAUCUUAAUAUCAAGUGUCUUAAUUUUGAGUAGAAUUUAUUUUCUUUCUUAUUUUAGUCUCAAGUAGUAGAAACUAUUUAAAUUUCAAAAUGAGGUACUCUCCUAUUUUAAUACUAUUAUUCUCUAUAUAUUUUCUUACUUUGUUUCUUUCUGUUGAAGCAAGACACCAUUCUCAUACAAAACACAAACAUUAUCACAAUCCACCAUCUGAAAUUUCAGUACCUCCUUCUCCACUACCUUCACCACCCUAUUCUAAACCUCCUUCUCCACUACCUUCACCACCAUAUUCUAGUGCUCCUCCUCAAGAACUUCCUAGUCCUCCCCCUACUAGUAAUAAUAAUAAUUGCCAAAAUGUAUCUGGUUUAUUCGAUGUACGAACAUUUGGUGCUGUUGGAGAUGGAAUAACUGAUGAUACUGAGUCUUUCAAAAUGGCUUGGGACAGUGCUUGCCAAAGUGAAUUACCACUUAAUGUUAUCUUUGUUCCUAGUGGUUUCUCCUUCAUUGUUCAAUCUACUAUUUUCACAGGUCCUUGUAAUGGUGGAUUAGUACUAAAGGUUGAUGGCACUCUUAUGACACCUGAUGGACCUGAGUCUUGGCUCAAAAACAAUAGUAGGCGUCAAUGGUUAGUCUUUUAUAGAAUCAACGGUAUGUCACUUGAAGGAAGUGGAACAAUUGAUGGCAGAGGACAAAAAUGGUGGGAUCUUCCUUGUAAGCCUCACAAGGGACCUAAUGGAACAACAUUGCCAGGACCUUGUGACAGCCCAGUUGCUAUAAGAUUUUUCUUGAGUUCGAAUUUGACUGUACAAGGACUUAGGAUUAAAAACAGCCCUCAAUUCCAUUUCAGAUUCGAUGGCUGCCAAACUGUUCAUGUAGAAUCGAUCGUCAUAACAGCUCCGGCGUUAAGCCCGAACACGGAUGGAAUACACAUAGAAAAUACUAAUGAUGUCAAAAUAUAUAACUCUAUUGUCUCCAAUGGUGAUGAUUGUGUUUCCAUUGGAACCGGUUGCUUUGAUGUUGAUAUUAAAAACAUUACAUGUGGACCAGGUCAUGGCAUAAGCAUUGGAAGUUUGGGAAACCACAACUCAAGAGCAUGUGUAUCAAACAUAACCGUACGAGAAUCAACUAUAAAAAUGUCGGAUAACGGGGUAAGAAUCAAGACAUGGCAAGGUGGAUCAGGAUCAGUAUCAGGAGUAACAUUUAAGAAUAUUCACAUGGAUACCGUGAAAAAUCCAAUUAUAAUCGAUCAAUUUUACUGUCUGAGUAAAGAUUGCAGCAACAAAACCUCUGCAGUUUUCGUAUCAGACAUAGUUUACACAAGCAUAAGAGGAACUUAUGAUAUCAAACAUCCUCCUAUGCAUUUCGCGUGCAGCGACUCCGUCCCUUGCACAAACCUGACUCUCUCUGAUGUUGAGCUUCUUCCUUCUCAAGGAGAUAUGUUAAGUGAUGCUUUUUGUUGGAACGCUUAUGGAAAUUCAGAGACAUUAACUAUUCCUCCAGCUUUUUGCUUGCUGGAUGGUAUUCCUGAUUCCAUUUCAGACAAUGAUAUUAAUCAAUGUUGAUGACCGUUUAAAUUCUGUAAAGUGAAAAUGUGUGUGUAUAUAAUUAUUACAAGAGAAGUGAUUUAGGAAUAUAUAGAUAUGUAGUAUGGUUUUGAGUAUUUGGAUUUGAUUGAAUGAUUGUUGAGGAGUUGUUUUUAGAUGCUCUUCCACAAUUGUUAACCAUGUAUUGUAUAUUUUCAAUUUGAAAUUAAGGUUUGGACUUGUUAGUUUGAA